AAGAAGAAAAGCGUUGUUUGAAAGUGGUUUAAACUAAAAAUUUCUGUUAUUCAACAGAUACAAUCGUUACCAAAGAGUCGAAAACUCAACAACAGCAACUAUCCAGUAAGAAAUGCCAUCAGCAAUGUCCUAUACGGAUGUCCAUCGAGCGUUCCUGCAAACGGUUUCCCAUCAUGGAACUAUGAGCGCCAAACAAGCUUACAAAGCACUGCUGGCUAUCUUCGGCAAGCACCAUUCCGACGAAAGUAUUCCCACUGAAGAUCAGGUGCCGGACAUUGUAGCAUCGAUCAAUGGGCGCAUUCAUCGCUACGAUCAGCGGAUAAUAUUCGUACAUUAUGAACCGGUCUCGACGGACUUCUACGUGUUUUGCAAUCAAACUGAGGCCCCACUGGACCGGCUACAGAACUGCUACUCGGAACCGGAGCUGUCACUGUUCCGACUGAUGCUCCGAGAGAUGGCCCUGGCCGAGGAACAUCGUUUGAGGCCGAUCGUUUGUCUUAAUUUGACCGGUCAGCUGGCCGGGAAAAGUAUCAGCAAGGUGCGUGCCGAAGAGCUGCUGGACGAGUGGGAAAAGAUGGGCUACUUCAUACAGCUGGAUGAUCAUUGGUGCUUUGGGCCUCGAGUUGUGGCCGAAUUUGAGCGAUAUCUGAGUACCAACUUUCCAGAGCAGAUGCAUCGUUGCACGCUGUGCAACGAAUCUGUGUUUUAUGGUAUCCAAUGCGAAAAAUGUCCCCAGGCUUUCCACAGGGAAUGUAUGAAAAAGUACCUGCGUCGAUUGACGGUUUGCCCUGGCUGUAAAGAAAUGUGGACGGUGGCCGUUUAAUCUGAUGUUAGCAUUUAAGAGGAUAAAUUGUUGUUAAUUGUGAAACUGAGCUUUAAGGAAUAAAGCUUAUCAAAAC